AUGGCGUCACUAUCGAAGCAGGACGGAGAGAAGAGUAUCUCCGCCUAUGGAGAGGCGCGGUCCACAAUCCAAGGAGAAUGUCUCAGCUCCGAGGAAGUGCAGAAGAUGAAUGCCUACUUCCGCGCCAGUCUCUACCUGUGCCUGGGCAUGUUGUACCUGCGAGAGAACCCUUUGCUCCGGGAGCCCCUCAAGAAGGAGCACCUGAAACAACGCCUGCUCGGCCACUGGGGCUCUGAUGCAGGGCAAUCGUUUACCUGGAUUCAUAUGAAUCGGCUCAUCAAGAAGUACGACUUGGAUGUGCUCUUCGUGUCCGGUCCCGGUCACGGGGCACCGGGCAUAAUCUCCCAGUCGUACCUCGAGGGUGUCUAUUCGGAGGUCUAUCCCGACAAGUCCGAAGAUGUCGAGGGAAUGCAAAAGUUCUUCAAGCAAUUUAGCUUCCCCGGAGGCAUUGGAUCACACGCCACUCCCGAGACUCCCGGUAGUAUUCAUGAGGGUGGCGAGCUGGGUUACUCCAUCUCUCAUGCAUUCGGCACGGUCUUUGACCACCCAAACCUGAUUACACUGACCAUGGUCGGUGAUGGAGAAUCAGAGACGGGUCCAUUGGCAACCAGCUGGCACAGCAACAAAUUCCUCAAUCCCAUCACGGAUGGAGCGGUCCUGCCGGUGCUCCACCUGAAUGGGUACAAAAUCAACAAUCCGACCAUCUUGGCCCGCAUCAGUCAUCAGGAGCUGACCUCCCUUCUGGAGGGCUAUGGAUGGAAACCCUACUUUGUCGAGGGGAGCCACUUGCAAAGCAUGCACCAAGCCAUGGCGGUCACUCUGGAGCAGUGCGUCAAAGAAAUUCGCGAGUACCAGCAACAGGCGCGCACCUCCAACAAGCCCUUCCGCCCGCGCUGGCCCAUGAUCGUCUUGCGCACCCCCAAGGGCUGGACGGCCCCCCGAGAGAUUGACGGCAAGCUGCUCGAAGGCUUCUGGCGCGCUCACCAAAUCCCCAUCACAGAUGUACUCACAAAUCCCGACCACCUCAAGGUGUUGGAGUCGUGGAUGAAGGGUUACAAACCUGAGGAGCUCUUCGAUGCCAAUGGCAAACUGGUGCCCGAGCUGCGCGCCCUGGCGCCUUCAGGCAAAUCGCGCAUGUCGGCCAAUCCGGUCGGCAACGGAGGUGUUCUCCGAAAGCCUCUGAACCUGAAUGACUUCACCAAGUACGCGAUCAAGGACGUCGUACCCGGCAAAACCAUCACGGGAGGCAUGGCGAACAUGGCCAAGUUCCUCCGCGAUGUGGUCAGCAAGAACAUGACCAACUUCCGACUCUUCGGUCCCGACGAGACCGAAUCGAAUAAGCUGGCCGAGGUCUACAAAGCCGGGAAGAAGGUCUGGCUGGCAGAAUAUUUCGACGAGGACCAGGAUGGCGGCAAUCUGUCUCCGGCCGGCCGCGUCAUGGAGAUGCUCAGCGAGCACACCUGUGAAGGGUGGCUGGAGGGCUACAUUCUGUCCGGCCGUCACGGUCUCAUCAACAGCUACGAGCCCUUUGUGCAUGUCAUUGACUCCAUGGUCAACCAACAUUGCAAGUGGAUCGAGAAGUGUCUCGAGGUUGAAUGGAGAGCCAAGGUAGCCUCGCUGAACAUCUUGAUCACCGCAACGGUCUGGCGCCAGGAUCACAACGGCUUCACCCAUCAGGAUCCCGGCUUCCUGGACGUUGUCGCGAACAAGUCUCCCGAGGUCGUGCGCAUCUAUCUUCCUCCGGACGGGAAUACGCUCCUGUCGGUGAUGGACCACUGUCUACGCAGCGUCAAUUAUGUCAACGUCGUCGUGGCCGACAAGCAGGAGCACAUCCAGUUCCUCAGCAUGGACGAUGCCGUCGAGCAUUGCACCAAGGGUCUUGGCAUCUGGGACUGGGCGAGUAAUGAUCAGGGUGUCGAGCCGGAUCUUGUUCUGGCGUCGUGCGGAGAUGUCUCCACUCACGAAGCCCUGGCUGCGGCCGCCUUACUCCGGGAGUACCUGCCGGAGCUCAAGGUGCGCUUCGUGAACGUGGUCGAUCUCUUCCGCUUGAUUUCCGGUACGGAGCACCCGCACGGCAUGCCCGACCAGCAGUGGCGAGCCAUCUUCACCGAUAACAAGCCAAUCGUGUUCAACUUCCACUCCUAUCCCUGGCUGAUCCAUCGAUUGACCUACAAGCGUCCCGGACAACACAACUUGCACGUCCGCGGAUACAGGGAGAAGGGCAACAUCGAUACCCCCUUCGAGUUAGCCAUGCGUAAUGGUACCGACCGGUACAGUCUGGCCAUCGAUGCGAUUGAUCUUAUGAGUGGCUCGCUGGGCAAUACCGGGGCAAGUGUUCGCGAGAAGUUCAUCAAGUUCCGACUGCAGGAGUGCGCCAGAUCCAAGUGCAAAUGUGUGCCUCGACCGGACGGGGGUGCCUGUGAACGAUGUGAUCGCCUGAAGAAGGUCUGCGUUCCCGGCCAGUCGUCUCGGGCGCGACAAGCCCAGCGCAACAAUCCGAUUGCGCGCCUCGACCAGCUCGAAGGGAAAUUGGACAGUCUGGUCUCGAUUCUCGGCUCAAAUACAUCCUUGACGACUCAGUCUUCGAGCGCGGGAAAUGCAUCGCCGCCCAUCUCAAACUUGAGCGCGUCUCGCUCGCGAGAUACAUCCGUUGUUCCGGUCUCGUAUCCGACCAGCAGCAGUUUGGCAGCAUAUGAGCCCUCGCCGGAACAAUAUCUCGGCUACUUCAGGACGUAUUGCUUGAAGUUCUUUCCGAUCAUCCAUCUGGCUCCGGAGACGGAUGCGCACCAAUUGCGUCAGGCGCGGCCGUUUUUAUGGAUGUGCAUCGUGGCUGCGGCGUCUCAAUCGACGCAUCAGAAGAUCGCAUUGGGGGAGAGAAUCAAGCAGGAGGUCACGAGGCGCAUGUUCUUGGAUAAUCAUCCGUCGAUCAAGAUUGAUCUUCUCCUGGGUCUUUUGAUAUUCCUUGCGUGGGGUCACAAUCAGAUUCUCAACUCGAAUCCGGCCCAGUUGGCCAGAUUCACGCAGUUGGCUACCACGAUGGUGUUUGACCUCCGUUUGAACAAACCUCCGCAAGAAGAAUCGAAUAUGCUGCCUGUCAGCCAGAGUCCCUUUGCGGCCAACAAACAGCCGCGCUCUCUAGAGGAGCGACGUGCUGUGCUUGGUUGCUUCGUCCUAAGCUCAAUUGUCUCGGUCUACUUUGGUCACGUCGACCCCAUGCAGUGGACACCUUACAUGGACGAUUGUGUGGUGGCUCUUCUACAGAGCCAGGAGUCUCCGUACGAUGAGAUGUUCGUCCACCAGGUGAAGCUGCAGCGGAUCGUGGGUGAAGUCGAAAAUGUCCGAGAGGCAUCCACAGCCUCACCAGACUUUUACUUGAAGUUCCUUCAACAAAAGGUCGACGAGGUCAAGGUUAAAAUGCCCGUUCAACUUCAACAAAAUCGCAUUCUCUCCGCAACGGUAUUCUACACCGAACUCUCCAUCUUCGGCUUAAUCCUAUCAAGAAAGACUCCUCCGGGCUUCCAGCGCCUCGAAUAUCUCUACGCAUGUCUGAGCACCGUUCAAUCCGCCACAGAAAACUUCCUCGCCAUCCCCGUCUCGGAUUACACAGGCAUUUCAUUCCCCGUCUUCACCCAAAUCGUCCGAUACAUCAUCGUACUCUACAAACUUUCCACUCUGAACGAUCCAGUAUGGGAUCUAAAUCUUGUUCGAUCCAAUAUCGACGUGAUCCAGGUGAUCGACCAGGUCAUCUGUAACAUUGAGCAAGCCAUGGCGGGAGUGGGCGAUCAAUGUGCUGGGGGAUCUUUGGAACGCGCACGAGACAUCUUUUUGAAAUUCAGAUCUUGGUCUUUGCCUAAUCUGCCGGCUAAAACGGGGGCGAUCGCGAGUACAAGUGAGGCGGAGGUGGGCACCUUUACGCAAUUCGCCGAAAGUAAUGCUUUGCUGGAUGCGCUUUUCUCGGAGGAUUGGUGGUUGAAAGAUAAUUUGUUCUACGGUUUGGAGCCGGGCGAAAAUGUCGGUUGA